AUGAUUGAAUCAGAAUAUCGCAAUCCUAUACAGUUACUAAUCGAAUCAAUAUUGAAACCUUCUCUACAUAGUCAACAGCAUAUUGACUUCAAAAAUGGCGUCAUUCGACCAUUUAAUCAUGAUGAUUCUGAUAAAAAUGAAGAGAAAGAUGAAAAAGAAAACAAAAAAAAAGAUUUAUCGAUAUACAUCGACUAUGAAAUAAAACAACAACAACAACAACAACCAAAACAACAACAUAUACGUCAAAAGGUAUUGUGUCAGUUUUUGAAUAUUUAAUAAAAACUAAAUCAAUCUCAUUGAUUUAUUUUUGGAAAAAUAGCAAUCAUAUCUAGGCUUUCCAUGUAAACUAUUCAAUAUCAUUGAAGAAAAUAAUCAAUCAAUAGAGUUAAUCAUUCAUUCGAUUGAUUAUGAAUUUAAUGAAAGCGAUUGGAUAUUUACAGAAGAUGAUGAAAAAUAUCAACAACAAUUCACGAAUAUUGACAUUUGGUAUCUUAGUUUGUAUGAGUUUCCAAAAAAGGACUGGCCUAUUGUUUUACUUGAUUACAGUAACAUUCACU